AUGUCAGGUACUCCAUUCAAGGCUACAGUCAAUGAGUACUUAGAAGACUUGCCUCCGCAAGUACACUCGCGGCUUUAUACAUCUCCUGCUACAUGUUUAGCGAUAUACAGACUAUUGCCGAAACUGGCGAAGUUCUUUAUAAUGUCAAUGGUAUUCAACGAAUGCGACGUGUCCCUGCGAGACCUGGACCGUUGGGUGACAUCUAGUGGUAAAUUUCAGUUCAAUGAAGCCAUAAAAUCAAUGAAAUCCCUGCAUCUACUAAUUGAAGGGCAUUCCCGGCAACCCUUCAUGAUUAAUCUGAACUCUAUCUUCAGAGCCAGUUUUCGAAACGCACUUACAGGCGGAGAAGUCAACAAUUCAUUUGGUAACGUGGUAGAGGAUCAAAAUGAGACAGUUCAACCAGCCAUGCUCGAUCAAUACGCCGCAAACAAGUGGGAAUCAAUUCUACAUUUCAUGGUAGGUACUUCACUUACUCAGACGCCAUCAAGAAACGUCCUUUCAUUGCUUCAACACAGUAAGCUGAUGGAGGAGAAUUCCUCGGGAGAGUUGCAAAUCACAAACGAAGGAUUUCAAUUCUUGCUUCAGGAUGCCAACGCCCAAAUUUGGGCUUUACUCUUGCAAUACCUUCGGCUUGCCGAAACAUUGCAAAUGGACCCAGUUGACGUGCUGAAUUUCAUCUUCAUGCUAGGAGCUCUAGAAUUAGGAAAGGCAUAUAGUGACACGAAUUUAAGUGAUACACAGAAAAUCAUGCUACAGGAUAUGCGAGAUUACGGUUUAGUCUUCCAAAAGGCUUCGAACACCUCAAAAUUCUACCCGACAAGACUAGCGGCAAUGCUCACAUCGGAUAGCAUGAGCAUACGCUCAGCAUCAAGUGCCAUGAACAGUGUUUUGAGUCAAGGAACAUCUACUAACGCGGCUACUGACGAAACACCUACGGCGGACAUUGAUCCAGAGACGGGACAAGUUGGAACAAUUGCUCAGAACAUUCCAGAUGGAGCAGUCAUCUUGGAAACAAAUUUCAAAAUAUACUCCUACUCAAAUUCACCACUGCAAAUUGCUGUGUUGAGCUUGUUUGUGCACUUAAAGUCAAGGUUUUCAAAUAUGGUAACGGGGCAAAUUACCAGAGAAUCUAUCAGGCGAGCUUUGCUGAACGGCAUUACAGCCGAUCAAAUUAUUGCAUACAUGGAGACUCAUGCUCAUCCACAAAUGAGAAGGCUGGCAGAGCAGACCUUAGAUAAGAAGUUGGAGCUUGAUCCAAACUGCAAAGAGGGUUUGCAGAUUCUCCCACCUACGGUAGUUGACCAAGUAAAGCUUUGGCAACUGGAGCUUGACAGAAUUAUCAGUUACGAUGGCUACCUCUUCACAGAUUUUGAGAACUACCAGGAGUAUAACAUGCUCAGCACUUAUGCGAGUGAUAUUGGAGCAUUGUUGUGGAAAGAUGAGAAGAAAAGAAGAUUUUUUGUUUCGCAAGAAGGAAACGCUCAAGUCAUCGAUUAUGCUAAGCGAAAGCUGAAGAAGAAAUAG